AUGAUGGCGGCGUCGCUGCUACGCCGGGACAAGAAAUCCACAGCCGCCCAUCUGAAGGCCGACCUCAACCGGACUGACAACAGUUCGGGUGUCCGUCAACUUCAAGAGCUGCUGGAUAGUGUUCUGAACCCAGAAAAGCCAGCGGGAGACACCGAGGCCCUAGACUGGUGCAAAUACCUGCUGGCAGGAGGGGAAGGGUUCGAGGAGUUCUGCAAAACGGUUCGGUCCUAUGACAACGCGACUUUGUGCGGCUUGGUAUGGACGGCCAAUUUCGUGGCGUACCGCUGUCGGACCUGCGGCAUAUCCCCGUGCAUGUCACUCUGCGCCGAGUGUUUUAACAACGGCGAUCACACGGGCCAUGACUUUAAUAUGUUCAGGAGCCAGGCCGGUGGGGCCUGCGAUUGUGGAGACAGUAAUGUCAUGCGUGAAAGUGGGUUUUGCAGGCGGCAUCGAUUAAAAACUGGAGAGAACAUUCCAUCGGUCCCCCGAGACCUGCUGCUGAUGUCAGAGAUGGUUCUCCCUCGAUUCAUCGUCUGCAUCAUUCAGUACUUAAGAGACGGAUAUACUGAACCAGACUCGUCCACAGAGAGGGAUCUUCAGAAGGUCCUGCAGCAGCUGGUGCCCCAGAUCUCCUUCCUGGAAGAGCUAACCAAGAUGGGAGGGGCCAUGCGAACUGUUUUGACGAAGAUCUUAACCAAUCAGCAGACGUUUAAAGACUUGAGCAUGGGACAAGAGGAGAAUGUUUAUGCAAAGAAGAACUAUGACAAGUAUCUGUCGGCCCUGAAGAGCUCUGGCCUGGUGCCUGCAGAGGAGAAGGCCACGGAGCCUGCAGCCGGAGCCGGGCCAGGUGCCCUCAGCCUGCUGGGAGCCGCUGCGGCAGCCAGCCCCGAUGAGUCUGCUAAAGAGGAGGAGCAGGACGGAGGCCAAAGUGUCGGAAAGAGAAAGAGGGUGAAGCUAAGCAGCAGUACCAAAGAUCCAUCCAUAAUGGAUACUCUGAAACACAAAUGCUUUUUAGAGGAGUUGCUGUUUUGGACGAUAAAGUACGAGUUUCCACAGAAGAUGGUAACGUUUUUACUGAACAUGUUGCCAGAUCAAGACUAUAAGAUCGCCUUCACCAAAACGUUCGUCCAGCAUUAUGCAUUCAUCAUGAAGACGCUGAUGAAGAGCCACGAGUCGGACACCAUGUCCAACCGCAUCGUGCACAUCAGCGUGCAGCUGUUCAGCAACGAGGAGCUGGCGCGCCACGUGACCGAGGAGUGCCAGCUGCUGGACGUCAUGGUCACCGUCCUCCUCUACAUGAUGGAGAGUUGCCUUAUCAAAAGCGAACUUCAAGAUGAAGAGAACAGCCGCCACGUGGUGGUUAACUGCGGGGAAGCUCUGCUCAAGAACAACACCUACUGGCCUUUAGUUAGCGAUUUUAUUAAUAUUCUCUCACACCAAAGUGUAGCAAAGAGGUUCCUGGAGGACCACUCCUUGCUCGUGCUGUGGAUGAGCUUUGUGUCCUUCUUUCAAGGAAUGAACUUGAACAAGCGGGAGCUGAACGAACAUGUGGAGUUUGAGUCCCAGACUUACUAUGCAGCCUUUGCAGCGGAGUUAGAGGCCUGCGCGCAGCCCAUGUGGGGCCUCAUCACUCACUGUAAAGUCAAAGAGACCCAGGAGUACACGAAAACAGUGGUGCGGUAUUGCUUGGAGACCCUGGAGCUGUGGUUUGAUGCCAUUGGCUUCGUGGACGAGCCGGCUCCCAAUCAAGUUACCUUUCACCUGCCUCUGCACCGCUACUACGCCAUGUUCCUGAGCAAGGCGGUGAAGUGCCAGGGGCUGGACCUGGACUGCCUCCUCCCGGAUCAGGAGAUGCUCAUGAAGAUCAUGGUCCACCCUCUCCAGAUUCAGGCGAGCCUGUCAGAGAUCCACAGUAACAUGUGGGUGAGGAACGGCCUGCAGAUUAAAGGUCAGGCCAUGACCUACGUGCAGUCUCACUUCUGCAACUCCAUGAUCGACCCCGACAUCUUCCUGCUCCAGGUUUGUGCAUCGAGGCUAGACCCAGACUACUUCAUCUCCUCCCUGUUUGAAAGGUUCAAAGUGGUGGACUUGCUGACCAUGGCGUCUCAGCACCAGAAUGCAUUGCUGGACUCGGAGCAGGAGAGACCCAUGCUGGAAGGAGCCUUAACCUUUCUGGUCAUACUGUCAAGCCUGCGCAUACAUUUAGGCAUGGCUGAUGAUGAGAUCCUCAGAGCAGAGAUGGUAUCCCAGCUGUGUAUGAACGACCGCACCCACAGUUCACUGCUGGACCUCAUCCCCGAAAACCCGAACCCCAAGAGCGGGAUCGUCCCGGGCAGCUGCAGCUUCGAGGAGAUGCUGUCGGCUGUGGCUGACUUCAAAGCCCCGGUGUUCGAACCCGGGGGCUCCAUGCAGCAGGGCAUGUACACUCCUAAAGCCGAAGUUUGGGAGAAGGAGUUCGACCCCAUCAUGGUGAUUCUCAGGACGGUGUACCGCAGAGACGUCCAGUCGGCGAUGGACAGAUACGCGGCGUUUUUGAAACAGUCUGGGAUCCAUUCAGGCAAUCCGUGGCCACCCUACAAAGAGAGGACCCCCCUCCACCCCUGUUACAGAGGCCUUGUCAAGCUGCUGCACUGCAAGACAUUACAUAUCGUUAUCUUCACCCUCCUCUACAAGAUCUCGAUGGAUCACCAGAACAUGUCGGAGCACGUGCUGUGCAUGGUGCUGUACCUGAUCGAGCUGGGCCUGGACAACCCGGUGCAGGAGGAGAAAGAGGAGGAGGGCCCUCGAAUUGAGGAGCACUGUCAGGACAGCUGGUUCCCUGGCACCAGCCUUCUGUCCAACCUGCACCACGUCAUCAACUUUGUCAGGGUCAAGGUGCCUGAGACGGCCCCUGAGGUGAAGAAGGAGACCCCUCCCAGCACCAGCUCCGACGCCUCUACCUUCGGACAGAAUCUGCGGGAGGCGCAGGUGUUCAGCCUGGUGGCGGAGCGCCGGAGGAAGUUCCAGGAGAUCAUCAACCGCAGCAGCGGCGAGGCGGGCCAGUCAGGGGCCGGGACAGGGACGGGGGCGCGGCACAAGCGCCCGCCGUCCCGCUGGGCCCUGCCAGGGGGCGGGGCGCCGUCCUCCCCGGCGACCGAGGUCCUGGAGGUGCGCAAGAGCAUGCUCUCCCUACUCAUCAAGCUGCACCGCAAGCUGUCGGGCCGGCAGAACUCGCUGUCGGCCGAGCGGCUGGACGAGCCGGCGGCCGCCCGCUACGCCCACGGCGAUGGCGUCACCGCCAUCGAGCGCAUCCUGGCCAAGGCCGCCGCGCGGAGCCGGCAGAGCAGACGCAGCAUCCAGGAGAUCUGCGCCGAGGCCUCCCCGCCCGCCCCGCCCAAAAAGAGCAGCCCCGCCGACAAAAAGACCAUGGACAAGGAGGAGAGGCGGCAGAAGGCCAGAGAAAGACAGCAGAAGCUGCUGGCUGAAUUUGCCUCCAGACAGAAGAGUUUCAUGGAAACGGCCAUGGAUGUGGAGUCCCCGGAGGCCGACGUGGCCAUGGACCUGGGCGUGGCCGAGGUGCCGGAGUCGGAGGUUCUGUACGACUGCGUGAUCUGCGGGCAGAGCGGGCCGUCCACCGACGAGCGGCCCACGGGCCUGGUGGUUCUGCUCCAGGCCUCCUCAGUGCUCGGACACCGGUGCCGGAGCGCCCAGGCGAAGAAGCUGCCCACCAGCGACGAGGAGCGCAUCUACCCGGCGGACACGUGCGGAGCCACCCACGACGUCAGGCUCGCCCUCCUGCAGCGCUUCUUCAAGGACAGCUCGUGUCUGCAGUCAGUAUCGAUAGGCUGGGAUGGAGGCGUCUAUGUCCAGACAUGUGGCCACACGCUACACAUAGACUGCCACAAGUCCUACAUGGAGUCUCUACGGAACGACCAGGUGCUCCAGGGCUUCUCCGUGGACAAGGGCGAGUUCACCUGCCCCCUCUGCAGGCAGUUCGCCAACAGCGUGCUGCCCUGUCGCCCGGGGCGAGGGACGGAGACGGGCGCCCGGCACACCCACAGCAGCAAGAACGCCGCGGCGCUCGUCAGGGAGGUGGAGGAGCUGCAGGACCGGCCGGGGCCCUUCCCGACCGAAUCCAACCUGAGCAAGGAGAUGGAGUCUGUGAUCAAGGACAUCAAGAACACCACUCAGAAGAAGUACAUGGACUACGGCAGGAACCCGGGCUCGCCGGACAACGACUUCCUCUUCAUGUACUCCGUGGCCAGGACUAACCUGGAGCUGGAGCUGGUGCACCGUGGAGGAGAUCUGUGCUGUGGAGGAGCCAGCGCUACCGCCAAGCGCUCCUGCCUCAAUCAGCUCUUCCAUGUGCUGGCCAUGCACAUGCGUCUGUACAGCAUCGACUCUGCCUACAACCCCUGGACCCGGCUGACCCAGAUCACCCCCAGCAGAGAUCCAGACCCCUGCGAUGACGAGAGGCCGGAGGUCCCCAUGGUCUUCAGAGACGUCCCGUCCCUGCUGAUCAUCUUCGUGCUGACCAUGCCACAGCCUCUGCGCAAAGAACACUUCACCUGCCUGGUGAAGGUGCUCUACACCCUGCAGUACGUCCAGGCCAUCGCCGCGCUGUCAGUGAAGUUCAGCCCAGAGGAGAGGCAGGCCUGGAACACCUCCGGAGCGCUCAAGAAGAACACCUGCAACGCAGAGAAGUCCUGGGAGGCCCUCUUGAGUCAUGUGAUCAGCGAGCUGUCCAAGGGCAAGAGCGUUUAUGAGGCGGACGCAGAAGAGGUGUCAAUGCUGAGCUCCAGUGUCUGGUCUCCUCAGUCCAUCGAGUUCAGCCUGCAGCAGUUCUGCUUGCCUUUCCUGCGCCUCUCCAGCCUGCUGCAGCACCACCUGUACGGGGACGACCUGCCAGGCUGCCCGAGGGAAGAGGAGUUCUCCGUCCUGGCCAGUGGGCUGGGACUGCUGCCGCAAUCCCAGCAGCCACCCUGCAGCCCCUUCACCAGCGCGCGGUGUCUGGAGUGGGUGGUCUGCCCCUUCGAGCUGACCUCCCAGUGGUGCGCCGAGGUCACGGGCGUCACCGAAAUGCAGGCGGAGCAGACACUGACCCUGCUCGUCCAGGACCCGCAGUGGGCGGCGCCCCACCUGCUCCAGCUGCCGGAUAACUACAACACCAUCUUCCAGUACUACCACAGGAAGGCCUGCACGGCCUGCAACAAGGUGCCCAAGGACCCCGCCCUCUGCCUGGUGUGCGGCACCUUCGUCUGCCUCAAGGGCCUCUGCUGCAAGCAGCACAGCUACUGUGAAUGUGUUUUGCACUCCCAGCACUGUGGAGCAGCGACAGGGAUCUUCCUCCUGAUCAACGCCUCCGUUAUCAUCAUCAUCCGAGGCCACCGCUUCUGCCUGUGGGGCUCCGUCUACCUGGACGCUCACGGAGAGGAGGACCGAGAUCUCCGCCGUGGCAAGCCUCUGUUCCUGUGCGAGGAGCGCUACCGGGUCUUGGAGCAGCAGUGGGUGUCCCACACCUUCGACCACAUCAACAAGCGCUGGGGGCCCCACUACAAUGGACUGUAACGUACCCCCUCCGCCCACACACCCCACGUGUCGAGGGGGGGGACCCCGAAAUCACACCGGCUCACGUGUCAGCCAGCCUCCGGGAAUCCGGCCUGGUAAUCUGUCACGCGAUUAAAGUACAAACACAGACACGCACUGGAGGAGCUGCCGGCACGGCCGAGAUUCAUGUGAAAUUUGGUGUACAAUCAUGCCUGAAGACUAACAGUGUGUUUCAUGAAUAUAUCAUUUAAAGUGUAUAUUUCGAAAGGGGAAGUUUGUAAAGCUGAGCGCUUUGGAAAGCUGAAAGCACAAGCCAUGGGGGCCGACGUGUUGGAAGAAGGGAUCCUGAAAAGCGAGAGGUGUCACUCCACUCAGAACAGUGCUCUGGAGAUACCAACACCUUGAGAGCAGAGAAUUCCCCCCGCUAGGUAUGUGUUCACUCGAGGACGUCCUUAAGAAGUCCGAAAGCUGUGUCAGCAGCUGUUUGAAUUGGACGGACGACAGCAGUUUUCCCAAAAGGUGUUCAUCAGUCAAAGAACACCUAGAAGUGGCUGGGCUCCCUGUAUGUACCGGAUGACAAUACUAUGGCAUAAUCAUAAUGAUAAUAACAAGCACGAUAAACCCCUUUGACAAAUAUGGUUAAAGGAGUGGUAUACAUAUUUUGCCACCAUGAAUAAGUUGACACAUAUCCCUCCUCUUUCAUAUUACAGGCUUGUAACGUUUUCUUCCCCAGACCUUUCUGUAGAUUUGUAUAGUGCUGUACCCGUAAACCGUGUUGCAGAAGCGUGUCUGUAAAGUAAGCUUAGGCAAUACAGUUCCCGCUCAUCAAUGCAGAAUCCACUGCAAGUAAACAGAAGCUCCACUCUAAGGUCUAGUUGCAAUUCAUCCUCAGGAAUGAUUUUUUUUUCUUUUUUUUUUUGCUGUAGAUUAAAAUUAAAAUGUUAAUAUUUACAUACA